CGGAGGAGGGGGAGGACGGCCAAGAGCGACGCCGCCGGUGCCCAACGGUCGGUGUUCCCGGCUGAGGCAGCGCGGCCGCAGCAGCCCUGUUUGAUCUGUGGAUGAAAUGAAUCAUGAUUUUCAAGCUCUUGCACUAGAAUCUCGGGGAAUGGGAGAGCUUUUGCCUACCAAAAAGUUUUGGGAACCUGAUGAUUCAACAAAAGAUGGACAAAAAGGCAUAUUUCUUGGGGAUGAUGAAUGGAGAGAGACUGCAUGGGGAACUUCUCAUCAUUCAAUGUCCCAGCCUAUUAUGGUACAGAGAAGAUCUGGACAGGGUUUUCAUGGAAACAGUGAAGUAAAUGCAAUAUUGUCUCCGCGAUCAGAAAGUGGAGGCCUUGGCGUGAGCAUGGUAGAAUAUGUACUAAGUUCUUCUCCUGCUGAUAAAUUGGAUUCUCGUUUCAGGAAAGGAACUUUUGGCACUAGAGAUGCUGAAACAGAUGGACCUGAGAAAGGAGAUCAAAAAGGCAAGGCUUCUCCAUUUGAGGAGGACCAAAACAGAGAUCUUAAACAAGGAGAUGAUGAUGAUUCUAAAAUAAAUGGCAGAGGUUUGCCAAAUGGAAUGGAUGCCGAUUGCAAAGAUUUUAAUCGUACUCCUGGAAGUCGUCAAGCCUCUCCAACUGAAGUAGUUGAGCGCCUCGGCCCCAAUACUAAUCCCCCAGAAGGAUUGGGUCCUCUUCCUAAUCCUACAGCUAAUAAGCCACUUGUUGAGGAAUUUUCAAAUCCUGAAACUCAGAAUCUGGAUGCCAUGGAACAAGUUGGUCUGGAUUCCUUACAGUUUGACUAUCCUGGUAACCAGGUACCCAUGGACUCUUCAGGAGCUACUGUAGGCCUCUUUGAGUACAAUUCCCAGCAGCAGCUCUUUCAGAGAACUAAUGCACUAACAGUUCAGCAGUUAACUGCAGCUCAACAGCAGCAAUAUGCAUUAGCAGCAGCUCAGCAGCCACAUAUAGCUGGUGUGUUCUCAGCAGGCCUUGCUCCAGCUGCAUUUGUGCCAAAUCCAUAUAUUAUUAGUGCUGCUCCUCCGGGGACCGAUCCAUAUACUGCAGCAGGAUUGGCUGCAGCAGCAACAUUAGCAGGUCCAGCCGUGGUUCCACCUCAGUAUUAUGGUGUUCCAUGGGGGGUGUAUCCAGCCAACUUAUUUCAGCAACAAGCUGCAGCUGCAGCAAACAAUACAGCCAAUCAGCAAGCAGCCUCACAAGCUCAGCCUGGACAGCAACAGGUUCUUCGUGCUGGAGCAGGCCAGCGUCCUCUUACUCCCAAUCAGGGUCAGCAAGGGCAGCAAGCAGAAUCACUUGCAGCAGCUGCAAAUCCAGCUUUGGCAUUUGGUCAGGGUCUUGCUACAGGCAUGCCAGGUUAUCAAGUACUAGCUCCAACUGCCUAUUAUGAUCAGACCGGUGCCUUAGUGGUUGGCCCUGGAGCAAGAACUGGCCUUGGAGCUCCAGUUCGAUUAAUGGCUCCAACACCUGUUUUAAUUAGUUCAGCAGCAGCACAGGCUGCAGCAGCAGCAGCAGCAGCUGGAGGAACUGCAAACAGUCUUACAGGCAGUACAAAUGGUCUGUUUCGGCCAAUUGGCACACAGCCACCUCAGCAGCAGCAGCAGCAGCAGCCAAGCACUAAUCUGCAGUCUAAUUCAUUUUACGGGAGCAGUUCUUUGACUAAUAGCUCCCAGAGCAGUUCUUUGUUUUCUCAUGGACCUGGUCAACCUGGAAGUACAUCUCUUGGAUUUGGAAGUGGUAGUUCUUUGGGUGCUGCUAUAGGCUCAGCUCUCAGUGGAUUUGGUUCAUCAGUUGGCAGUUCUGCAAGUAGUAGUGCCACAAGGAGAGAGUCUCUAUCUACUAGCUCUGACUUGUACAAAAGAUCUAGUAGCAGCCUAGCACCCAUAGGGCAACCAUUUUACAAUAGUCUGGGAUUUUCCUCCUCUCCAAGUCCAAUAGGCAUGCCUCUGCCAAGCCAAACUCCAGGACAUUCACUUACGCCACCGCCAUCACUUUCAUCACAUGGAUCCUCAUCCAGUUUGCAUUUAGGAGGUCUGACAAAUGGUAGUGGACGAUAUAUCUCUGCAGCACCUGGAGCAGAAGCAAAAUAUCGAAGUGCUUCAAGCACUUCCAGUCUAUUUAGCUCCAGCAGCCAGCUCUUUCCUCCUUCUCGGCUUCGGUAUAAUAGGUCUGAUAUUAUGCCUUCUGGCCGCAGUAGAUUAUUGGAAGAUUUCAGAAACAACCGCUUCCCAAACCUUCAACUUAGAGACUUGAUUGGACAUAUAGUUGAGUUUUCUCAAGACCAGCAUGGUUCUAGGUUCAUACAGCAGAAGUUAGAGAGAGCUACUCCAGCCGAGCGACAGAUGGUAUUUAAUGAAAUUUUACAAGCAGCCUAUCAAUUAAUGACAGAUGUUUUUGGCAACUAUGUUAUACAGAAAUUUUUUGAGUUUGGAAGUUUGGAUCAAAAACUAGCCUUGGCUACUCGAAUUCGUGGUCAUGUUCUGCCUUUAGCCUUACAGAUGUAUGGCUGCCGUGUUAUUCAAAAAGCAUUAGAGUCUAUUUCUUCUGACCAGCAGAGUGAAAUGGUAAAGGAGCUAGAUGGUCAUGUACUCAAAUGUGUGAAAGAUCAGAACGGAAACCACGUUGUACAAAAAUGUAUUGAAUGUGUUCAGCCACAGUCACUGCAGUUCAUCAUUGAUGCUUUCAAAGGACAAGUAUUUGUGCUUUCAACCCAUCCUUAUGGCUGCAGAGUAAUUCAACGUAUUCUAGAGCAUUGUACUGCAGAACAGACCUUACCCAUCUUGGAAGAACUUCACCAACAUACAGAGCAGUUAGUACAGGAUCAGUAUGGCAAUUAUGUUAUUCAGCAUGUACUAGAACAUGGUCGGCCUGAAGACAAGAGCAAAAUUGUUUCUGAAAUCAGAGGAAAGGUGUUAGCUCUGAGUCAACACAAAUUUGCCAGCAAUGUCGUAGAAAAGUGUGUUACUCACGCCUCCCGUGCUGAGAGAGCUUUACUGAUUGAUGAAGUUUGCUGCCAGAACGAUGGUCCUCACAGUGCCUUAUACACCAUGAUGAAGGAUCAGUAUGCCAAUUAUGUGGUUCAGAAGAUGAUUGACAUGGCUGAACCUGCUCAGAGAAAGAUAAUCAUGCACAAGAUUCGACCUCACAUUACUACUUUGCGCAAAUACACAUAUGGGAAGCAUAUACUGGCCAAGUUGGAAAAAUAUUAUUUGAAAAAUAGCCCAGAUCUAGGGCCUAUUGGAGGACCACCAAAUGGAAUGCUGUAAAAGGAAAAAAGAAAGAAGAUGAUUUAACUAUGUGAGAAGAAUAUUUCUUUUGUGAAUUAUCAAAACAC